AUGUUGGUUCGGGGCCUGUGUCUCCUCUCCUUGUACGUCGAGCUCGGCGUCUACGUCCAAGCCCAGGGCUCGAUUUGCUCGAGCGGCAUCUUUCCAGCCCUCAAGCAAACUCUAGGCUCGCAUCCUGAAGUUUUGGCCUACUGCGAGGCUCAUUUCCCAGUAGCCCCAGCGACUCUUUUCAAACGCAAUGCCAAAUCCAAAUGCCCGCCGAGGCCCAACCCAUCAACUACCACCGCACCACAACAGCCGGGUUCGACAACAACAAGCAGGCCUGGCAAUAAGCUGGAUGAACUUCUUGCACUGGCUCCACAUUUGAUCGAAACUGCAUGCUCCUGUAUUCAAGGACAAGCCACUGUGAACUUGGCAUGGUCUAUUCUAACUCCCUUAGGUGCGAACAUCGACGGCUGUACCGUCUAUAACAAGUUCGACCUCAGUACCAUCAACGGAAUCCUCUUCUCUAUCGACCAGUUCCGCCCAGUCUACAACAAUCUCGACCUCAGUAUCAUCCACGGAAUCCUCUUCUUCAUCGACAACUACCGCCCCAUUUUCAACUACAGAAAUGAGCAUAUCCUCCACUUCGACUUCAGCUGCGCCCCCUGCGCACACUGUGGCUGCUCCACGUUGCAACAGUUCGGUGUACACCAACGGAGGCUGUAA